AUGCUUCCUCUGCACGGAUACGGUGAGACCGAUCCUCGAAAAGCAGGAAUGCCGUAUCCACCAACCUACCUGUAUCAAGAAGAACCAGUCAACAAUUCGGAGUGUUGCUGUUGUUGGCUCUGCAGAAUACUAUGUUGCUGCUCUCCAGUUGAACAGACGGCAUUACGCGAUCGCAUGAAUGCCAGUCAACCGCCUCCAGGAGGCGGAGGGCGAUUGCCAGAUGAAGUUUAUAGGAAGAUUAAAGCAGUCGAUCAGGGACAGAGUACACUUACACAGGCUGGAAUUCAAGGACUUAGUGCUAGAACUCUUAGCGAAGAACAACGAGGUGACUUGGUAUUUCAACUAGUGGAAAUUAUCAAGAAACCUGGACAAUCAUUAGGUUUAUAUUUAAGAGAAGGAAAUGGAAAAGAUCGAUCCGAUGGCGUUUUCGUUUCAAGAUUCGGAGAUAAUUCUGAAUUAGCAAAAUAUGGAGAAGUAAUGCGACCUGGAGACGAGAUUCUGACGAUAAAUAAUGUGGAAGUGUCGAUGAUGAGUAUUGACGACGUAGUUCUGAUUCUGAGUAUACCCAGACGAUUACUUCUUAGGAUACGAUUUUCAAAGUCAAUGAGACAUGAAGUGAUAUCAAGUCGAUCGAGUGAACGACCCGUUGUAGUAUUCCAUAAAUAUGACGACAGAAGGGAUAGCGAAACGAAUGCUCCAAUUCUAUCACAGCCAACGUCUACAGCGAACACGUGGUUAGGAAAGAAAAGUCGACAACAGAUGGAAGAGAUGCGAAACGCGACGACUUCAUCGACAAUGCGUCCACAUGCCAGUACUUCAUCUCCACGUAAUCACUUUGCUCCUCGACUUGUCAAUGGACAUUCUCAUCCAAUAGGUGUUCCGUCUGCUUCGUCAGCCGACCAUCAUUACCAGAGAUUCGCUUCUGAGCCAUCCGACUCAGUUUCGAGGACAGCUAGAGUGCCUCCACCAAGACUUGCAUCAGCAACUAGUGUCCCUAUGUACACACUCCCUCGAUCCUCCACAGCCGUCCCUCCACCUGAUAUUCUCGGUUCCAUUCCUCAUUCAGCACGAGACCCUCUCAUGCGUUCCGACCUUCCCUACGAUCCGAUGACUGGCCGUUUAUCUUCGUCAGUACCCACAGACCCUCUAUUAUCUCGUUCGUUGUGCUCACCAAUUCUGCCAAGAACUCUUCGUCAACCCAACGAUAGUAACAAGAGCAAUUCGUUGCCUCGUCGAAGAAUCAUGACUGGUGGAAGAAAUGUGAAAUGGCGUAAUGAUGUUGUGUCUACUUCCGACCUUUGUGGAGAAGAGAGUGAUGGAGCAAUAUCUGCUCCUGAAUACUCUUCGCCUCCAUUUUCCAGACUAACCCAACAGCAGCAAUUCCGAUUGUCUAAUGGAAGUCCGGGAAGGACGGUGAACGACAUUUUCUCUGCUGCAGAAUAUCGAAAUUGGGCAGGACCAUACGAUCCACGUGGAAUGUAUGGACCAUAUCCACCUGGACAACGAACAACAAGAUGGUCACAUACAUAUGGAGAACAAAGAGCACCGAGAACUGCAUCACUUCCAGGAAGAACUGUUUUAGCUCAAAGUCUUGUUGGAAGUCCAGUUUUGCCACGUCAUCCACCUCCAAUUGUUCAAGAUAGACCUUCAGCAGUAUUCGAUAGAUAUCAUGUUUCACCAUUGAUGAAUAGAAGAGCUCCGUUGCGAGCAGCUGGACCGGGAAUCAACGUGGAUCGGUUGAGUGUGAGCAGUCUGACUGGAAUCCUUUAUGUCCAUAUUGUGGAAGGAAGAGGGCUCAAGAUUCCAGAGAAACAGAAGGGAUUGACAGAGGAAAUGUAUUGUGUUCUUGAGGUGGAUGAACAACAUCGUGCACGUACUGGUGUGUCGACCAUCGAGCAAAAGUUCAAAUGGAGAGAAACAUUCCAUAUUGAUGUCGUCAAUGCUACCGUUUCGAACUUUUUCGUUUACUCAUGGCAUCCACAAUUCCGACACAAACUCUGUCAUAAAGGAUCUCUGAAACUUCUGGAAGCAUUCGUGGUAGAUCAAUUAAACGACGAUCGAGUGUUUGCUUUGAAUCUGGAGCCACGUGGACAAUUGAUAGUACGAAUUGGGUUUCAUGAUCUGCAAGCAGUGUUCAGAAGAACAGUUAAUCCUCGACUGAAUGGAGUAUUCGGGAUUCCAUUGGGAAGAUUAGUCCAAAGAGAACGAAGAGAUACUCCCAUUGUUCUGACGAGAUUGAUUCAAGAAAUUGAAAAACGAGGAGUGGAUUAUAGUGGACUUUAUGUUUUGUGCGGAUCAGUGGAAAAGAAGAAAAUGCUACGCGCUGAGCUGGAGUCGAAUCCUCUCGGAACAGAGCUCUCCGCUGAGUCCAUUCCUGACACAAAUGUGAUUGCUUGUCUAGUCAAAGACUUUCUUCGAGAACUCCCCGAACCAUUAAUAUCCCCACAAAUCCAUGGAAUGCUUCUGGAAGCUGCAUCCGUCGCACUACCCAAUGAUAUUCAAGCUAAUCGAACAUUAGUUCUGAAAAUUAUUGAUUGUCUACAGUUAUCUGCCAAGAAUUGUCUUCUAUUAGUUCUAGAUCAUUUGAGUACAGUUCUUUGCUCUUCUCCACAUAAUGGACUUACUCCAACUCGAUUAUCUGCGAUAUUCGCACCCCUUCUAUUCUUCUGCCUUGAUGCAAUUUCUCCGUAUACAACAUCACCAACAUCUAAAAUGGCAGCAGUUCGAACACUCGAUAUAAAUCAGGCGUCGUCAAGUCUCCAGAUGAUAUUGUCGAUAUGGCCCUCAAGAGUUAACAGCGAAAGUGGAUCAGAUAGUCCGGCCACGACAUGUCAGAAAGGAGGCAUCAUCGCCUAUGUCUCUGAAUCGCAAUGCUGA